GGCCACGGGAAACGAAACGAACCGAACCCUCAGAAUCUCGGUUUAUUUUGCUAUACGCGAAACCAAGGAGAAGAUUGCACGAAGUUGGGAAAAGAGAAACAAAGUUAGGGGUUGGUUUCAAGGGCUGAAUGGGUUACAACGUCGAGGAAAACGUUACUCACGGCGAUUGUCGGUCGGCUGCUAGCUGCGAAACGGGGGUUGCUCUCCUCUCCUGGCUGGUUCCUCGCCGCGGUGGAGUUAGGCGAACCCAGUCGAUGCGAAAACAGAUGUAAUUAUCUCUUGGUGAGGUAGGGAAACACGGACGUCGCGUUUUACAAGCGCAUCGUUAUACGCCCUGCGACAUCGACGACGACGUAGACGGUGGAAAAUCUAUCGGUGGCACGGUCUCUCGAGGUGGGACACGAGUGCGCCUGACCGCUGGCGAAGCCACGAACAUGGCCGAUCCGACGAAAUCGAUAAAACACGUUACGUUUUCCGCCGUUUCGACGGAGCCGACGCUCUGCGCCGUCCGCCCCCGUUCGUCCGAUGCGAUGGCCGACGCGUGCGCCCCGGCGCCGGCACCACGGACGCCGGAGAUCACCAUCGUGCCCGACGUCACACUCGACCGCGGACGUUUAACGGAACUCACCCCUUUGACAAGUUGUAUCAACAAAUUGGAAUUACAAAAAAUUAGAAAAUUAGCAGGAAACAAAUAGCCAACAAACAAACUAGUAGAAGAAAAGAUCAGAAACAACGCCAUGGUGUUCCCCACUGAACAGGGUGCUGCUUAUCGACCAAAUAUCGACUCCUGGAACUUCAGUUCGUGAACACUUUGGCGGCAGUAACGCUGAUGAGCACCCUCGAAUCAUUAUCUAAAGGGUAGUGCUCGACUUUAAGUGGGUCCCCAGCUUUAUUUUUGCGAAAGUAGUUCGGCCUGGUUGCACCUUAAGAUUUUGUUGCUCAAUUCGUUAAUAGAAACUGCCCAAUUAAAUGGAAAAUACGGAAAUAAUCUGCGAGGAAAAUCUACAAUCAAAAGAUCUAAAUGAUCCGGAUACAAAUAUAUCGGGAAACGAAAAAUCAUCGAUGCAUUCUUAUGGGAGAAACUUAGAAGCAGCGAUUCAAGCUAAUUUUUACAAAAUUCCUGAUAUACCCAAAAAAUAUAUUGAACCCAUAAUUCUCGAUACGUCGUUACCCUAUAUUCCCCUUUAUGCCCACUUAAAAACGUAUGAUUUAAAACCCGUUAAAAGACCUAAAACUCCACCGCUGUUAUAUGCGUUACGAUCAAAAACUCUUAGCAAAGACGAUACUGAAUCUUGUUUAUCUUCUAAAACAUCACCCUUAACGGAAGGAAUCUAUACGAGGGAAAGUUCCGGUACACCGAUGUCAAAGGAAAAUGGAAAAAGUUUAAAAAUAGAAUAAAAUAUCAAAGCGAGAAACUGAAAACUUUAAAUCAUAUUCACAUGUGUUUUUAAUGACUAUACAGUAAUAAUAAAAUAAAAAUGAAU